AUGCGCGAGGUUAUCUCUAUCCACGUCGGACAAGCCGGAGUCCAAAUCGGUAAUGCUUGCUGGGAGCUUUACUGCUUGGAACAUGGAAUCCAACCUGACGGAACCAUGCCAACACAAUCUACCAACGAAGGAGAAUCUUUCACCACAUUCUUCUCUGACACCGGAUCCGGCAGAUAUGUCCCAAGAUCCAUCUUCGUCGAUUUGGAACCAACUGUUGUUGGUAAGUUUUUCACAAAAUAAGUAUUUAUGUUUAAUACUAAACGUAUUUUUUCAGAUGAAAUUCGCACUGGAACCUACAAGAAAUUGUUCCAUCCAGAACAAAUGAUCACAGGAAAGGAAGAUGCUGCUAACAACUACGCUCGUGGACACUACACCGUUGGAAAAGAACUUAUCGACACCGUUCUCGACAGAAUUCGCAGACUUGCCGACAACUGCAGUGGUCUCCAAGGAUUCUUCGUCUUCCACUCAUUUGGAGGAGGAACCGGAUCUGGAUUCACCUCAUUGCUCAUGGAACGUCUUUCCGUCGACUAUGGAAAGAAAUCCAAACUUGAGUUCUCAAUCUACCCAGCUCCACAAGUAUCAACCGCCGUUGUUGAGCCAUACAACUCUAUCCUCACCACACACACAACUCUGGAGCACUCUGACUGUGCUUUCAUGGUUGACAAUGAAGCCAUUUAUGAUAUUUGCAGAAGAAAUUUGGAUGUUGAGCGACCAAGUUACACAAACUUGAACAGAAUCAUCUCUCAAGUAAGUUUUAUAAAAAAAAUUUCUGUGCAAUAAGGUUUAACUUUCAGGUCGUUUCAUCAAUCACUGCUUCCCUUCGUUUCGAUGGAGCUUUGAACGUCGAUCUCAACGAAUUCCAAACUAAUCUUGUUCCAUACCCACGUAUUCAUUUCCCAUUGGCGGCUUACACUCCACUCAUCUCUGCCGAAAAAGCUUAUCACGAAGCUCUUUCUGUUGGAGACAUCACUAACAGUUGUUUCGAACCAGCCAAUCAAAUGGUGAAAUGUGAUCCACGUCACGGAAAAUACAUGGCUGUUUGCCUUUUGUACAGAGGAGAUGUUGUUCCAAAGGAUGUCAACACUGCUAUUGCCGCCAUCAAGACAAAGAGAACCAUUCAAUUCGUCGAUUGGUGCCCAACUGGAUUCAAAGUUGGAAUCAACUACCAACCACCAACCGUUGUCCCAGGAGGAGAUCUCGCCAAGGUCCCAAGAGCCGUUUGCAUGCUCUCCAACACAACAGCUAUUGCUGAAGCCUGGUCAAGACUCGAUUACAAAUUCGAUUUGAUGUAUGCCAAGCGCGCCUUCGUUCACUGGUGAGUUUUUUGUUUAGUGUGUACAUUUAAAAUUCAUUGAAUUGUUCUUUUUCAAAAACCACUUGUUCAAUUUUCAUUUUCAAUAAGAGAGUAUGUAAUUACUGCUAAAACGAAAAUUCUUUAUUCCCGUAAAUUUCAAAAAAAAACUUUUCUGUUACUGAAUCAUCGUUUUCUAGGUACGUCGGAGAAGGUAUGGAAGAAGGAGAGUUCACCGAAGCUCGUGAAGAUUUGGCCGCACUCGAGAAAGACUACGAAGAGGUCGGUGCCGAUUCCAACGAGGGAGCUGAAGGAGAAGAGGAAGAAUAUUAA